AUGAAAAGAAAGGCUUGGGAGGAGAUUGCAGAAAAGACAAAUGCUGUCAACUGUUCUAAUUAUGUGCGUUCCGGAGAGGAAAUUAAAAAAAAGUGGACUUUUAUGUCGAGCGAAAGUAAGAAGAAAUUGUCCCUUAAUAAAAGAGAACAGAGAAAAACCGGUGGAGGAUCACUCCCAUCUGGUGCCCAGAUCACCCCCAUGGACGAGAAGAUUGAGGAUGAACAAGCUGCUACGAUAAAGUCAGUUCCAGCUAAACGGAAAAGACGCUACGACGCUGAAUCUGAAGAUUCUACAAGCAAACUGGUAAACAUUGAGCAGGAAAGACUACUUGUAGAAAAGCAGCGUCUUCGUGUCGAAGAAGAUCGACUGGGAGUCGAACGUAAACGCCUGGAAGUUGAAGAAGAACGCUUAAAAUUACAAAAAGAAAAACACAACUUGUAUUUAUGUCAAAUGGGUAUUAUUUCCAGUGUAGAUGUCAGCGUGCAACCGGAAUCUGAGAAGCAUUAA